UAUUCAGAGCAGUUUAUAAUUUCGAUAAAUUUUUCUCUCUCCUCCUUUAGCGGGUUUAAUAGAAUUCAACAGAGCAGAUAGCAGAGCUUAGUUGCUAAUUGUUUCAGAAAAGCGCCGGAAAUAUCCUACAGUUCGAAGCUAAAUUCUUUAAAAUAAAGUGAAAAAUUAUGGUACAAACUAAGCAUCAUAAAUCCAAACCUCGGAAACAACCACAAGCCAAGAAGCAUGGGAAACAGGGUCAGUGUUUACUGGAGAAUUUCUGGUCUAACAAGACAUGGAUGGUUUGGUUAUUGAUAUUGUCACCUAGCUUUACAGAGAAUCAUCAUGAGUUGCAUGCUUACAUGAAAUUCUCUUUUCAUUGGGCUUUGGCUGAUCAGUUAGAGGGCAAUGAAGAGGAACAAGAAAAAUAUCGCCGUAUGGUUGUGCAGUAUAUUGUGAAAAAUCGUGAUAUGUUUGAGCCUUUUAUUGAGGAUGAAGUCCCAUUUGAUGAAUACUGCCAGACAAUGGAAAAGGAUGGCACAUGGGCUGGACAUAUGGAAUUGCAAGCAGCUUCUCUUGUGACUCGUAAUAACAUCUGUAUUCAUCGUCAUAUGUCACCUCGUUGGUACAUAAGAAAUUUCGAAAACCAGAAGACAUGCAUGAUUCAUUUGUCUUAUCAUGAUGGAGAGCAUUACAACAGUGUGAGAUUAAAGGAAGAUCUUUGCAGCGGACCAGCUAAACCUAUAGUUAUAAAGGGUGAUGUUAAUCUUACAGCAAGUUCCCAAGACGCAAAAAGUACAGGUGCUCAAUCAAAGGCCAGAACUUCGAAAAAUGUUAUAUAUGAAGGAGCUCUCAAUAUGGUCAUGGCAGGCAGUGGCUGUGAUGAUGCUGAAAAAGUGGGGCAGGUUUUACUACAAAUGGAUGGUGAUGUUGAUGCUGCAGUUGAAUUCUUGAUAGAAGAACAAGAAGUUGAAGAAUUAUUAGAGGAAAAUGGUGCUUGUCAUGGAUCUGAUAGAACUGAAAAUGAUGAAAGUACAUAUUCUGAAAAGCAAGAAGUAAACAGAGUUAGUGCUGAUGGAAAAGAUCAACCAAACCACACUGAAACAGUUGAUUGCGAUAAGAUAUCUACCAAGGGUGACAAGUGGCAGAAAAUUCCUAGAAAUAAGCUUUGCCCAUGUGGAUCAAAGAAGAAAUAUAAGGCGUGUUGUGGAGCAGCUUCUGGAAAGACCUGUUCUGAAGUUACAAUCGACCUUGAAUCUCAUGCUAGAAGGGGUAAAAGAGGGAAGCAAGGGAAGAAGGUUCUACCAAUUACCAAAGCCGCUUCCUGUAAAUCAGAUGGUAAAUUGCCUGAUGUGGGUGCAUUGUGUAUUUGAUAUGGAGGUAUUACGAAUUGAUUAAUUUGAUAGCGUGAUUAUUUUUCUUGCUGACAUUUGAGAAACAGGAAUGUGCAUGCCCUGCAGAUGGUGCGUCAUCUGCUUUUGAAAAUUACUCCUCAUUACAUAACAUGCAUGAUUAUCAUGCUUCAAGCAACUGAUGCAUACAAAUUGUAUUUUGGAAAAAUUUGACUUCAUAAACUUGAAGCUUGGUGUCUCUACAUAUUAAUCCAAAGUCUGAUAUAUAUCUUAGUAAA